AUGAAAAACAUAGAAUUUAAAGAAAAAAGUAAUUAUUUGAAAAUCGAAGAAGGAGGUUAAGAAGGUAAAUACGUUAGAAUUACAAAGGGGACAUUUUCAAAUAAAAUUUAUAUAAGAACUUCUAAUUUGUCAAAAUUUUAGUCUAAUUUAUUAAUAAAUCUGGAAGCUCCAGGGUUCAAAAUAGUUUCUUAGGAUAUAUACGUAUAUUUAGGAGAUUAAGAAUAAGCUUUUAGGAUAGGAGUAAGCAAUGAAUUAUUGGAGAAAGUUUACAGUUUAUAAAUUAAGAAGAAAGAAUUUGGACUUAAACCAAUUUAUAAUGUUUUCGAUAAUAUGAUUGUGUUUGUUAUGAAUGCUCCUGUAGUUAUUUAAAUGCCUUAAAUUAUUACUGUUCCUCUUGGAGGAUGUUCUUUACCUGAAAAGAUUUAAAUAGGAAAUGUACCAUAUGAAAAUGUCGAAAUUGUAUAUGAAUUUGCGAAUUUUUUGGAAAUGAAUAUCGAACUCUCGACUUUUACUUCAACUUUUAAUUCAGAAACUUCCUUUAGGUAUUUAAGUUUUUGUGCUUUAAAUAGUAAUGUUUAAGCUAUUAAUACGGAAAUUAACAUGAAACUUAGUGGCAUAAAUAAAAAUUCUUAUUAACUAGCAUUUAAAGAUAAAAGUACAAAUGUUAUAAUAGCUGAAGUAGUUCAAAAAGACAAAUCAAUAAAACCUACUCUUAAUCUAAGCGUUUUUUAAACAAAAAGGAGUUAUGCUAAAUUUCUAGUCUAAGCAAAUACUAAUGGAGUUGUUUAUUGGAAUAUAUCUGUGAUUGAAAAUUAUGUAUCUAAAAGUUUAGAGGAUAUAAAAAUUCUUAUCAAAGAAUCGAAUACUAUUAUUUAGUAAACCUAAGAUAUUUUGUAUAUUUUUUAAGGAAAUAAAAAAGAUUAAAGAAUUGGCUUAAUCGCCUUUAAAUAAAGUAAUGUUGAUUAAACUUAUAUUGAUAUUGAUGAAUUAAUUCCAGAAACUAAAUAUAUAAUUUGCGUUUAUUUUGAUACUGAGUUUAGAUAAGCUACAGAAGAACAAUGUCUCAAUUUUACUACUUUAGUUUCUUUUAAUAAAUAUGCUUUUUCUGAUAAUAUAAAUGAUGUUUUGUGCUUUUAUGUAUCUUAAUCAUAAACAAGAAUAAAAAAUAUAAUUAAUGCAGAUGGAUUAAGUUGUUCUAGAAAUGCAAUGCCUGAAUAAUAUUAUUUUAAAUACAAAGGAGUAAUUAACUCGAAUGCAAAUAAAUCAACAAAUAUUUAUCUAAUUCCUGAUUUAUAAUUCGAAAAUGAUCAAUCAAUAAAUGUUCUUAAAGAUUUAUACGAUGCAAUGAAUAUAAUUUAAGAUGCGAAAAAUAAAUUUAACAUUAAUUAUAUUUCGCAAACUGCUUACUCAUAUAAGUUUAAAUAUAUAUAAGCUUAAAACAAAGUUGAUGAUUUUUAAAUUCCUAAUUUAGUGAAUAUAUCUUUUAAAACAAAAGGAACUGCCUAUAAUUCUGCUUUAAUCAUUGAUUAGCUUGAAUUAAGUACCGAUGGAUAAGUUUAUUUUAUUGCUGAAAGAUAUGCUAAAGCAGUAUAUGAUCCAGUAAAAGACUAAAUUUAUGACUCCCCAAUAGCCUUUUUAAAAAAACCAACUCCUGAAUAAAUUGUUUCGUGCAAAAAUAAUAUUAAUUAUAAAGCAGAAUUAUGCUUUAAAGCAGUCUACAAUAAUGGAUAGCAAAUUAAAUUUGAAAUUACUGAUUUAAAUCCAAAUACUCGUUAUAAGAUCUAUUAUAUUAUUGCUAAUCAUUUUCCUAUAAUACCUAUAUAUGGUGAAUAAGUUUAUGAAGAAAUAGUCUUAAGUUCACCAUAUGGAGGUGGACUUAUUUCAAAUGGAAAAUUAAUUUGUUUCUCUUUAAUUAUUUUUAUAACAAAAAUUAUUAUGUGA